AGCACACAUAUACGUACUUCUCUCCGUAAAGAUUUCAAUCCAACUGUCCCAGCUGCAAAACAUUAACUACGCAAAUCCCGAAUCACAAAAUCGGAGAUUGUAACGAGAGGUGAGAGUGAUUGCGAUGGUGAUUGCCAAUUCCAAAAGCUACGGCGUCCCUCUCUACGGAGCAUCUUGGCUCCCGCUCAGCUUAUCCCGAUCCAAAUCUGAGGACGACUCCGAUGAUUCUCCACCGUCGAUCGACGCCACCAGACACGUCGUUCUCUCCGGCGGUGGCGGCGAGGGCAAGAGCGGGAUCCCUAACGCUAUUCUCGUUUCUCAAUUCUAUGCUGAUUCUAAUUCCCUCUCCGAUCAACCUGUUGCAAAGCUUGGUACUGGGGCUGAUCUGCCUUAUAGAAUGGCUGUCCACCCUAAUGGAGAAGGCCUUAUAUGCUCAAUGCCCCAAAGCUGUAGAUGGUUUGAAUGGGAUGCAGUAAAAAGCGACGAUGGUCAUGGGUGGGGUCUUAAAUCAUCUGAAAAAGUUCUUAAUCAACUAGAAGAUGUUGGACAGCAAUUAGCACUUACUUUUGAUGAUGAGGGAUCUGUACUUGCUGCUGGUGGUGAGGAUGGAAAAUUGAGGGUUUUCAAGUGGCCCAGUAUGGACAGCAUUAUAGAUGAGUCGAACGCUCAUGCCUCUGUGAAGGAUUUAUCUUUCAGCCCCGAUGGAAAGUUUCUAGCCUCUGUUGGAAGUAGUGGGCCUGGUAGGAUCUGGGAAAUUGCAUCAGCAACAGCUAUAGCUGCUCUGCAGAAAGUAAAGGAUGAGCGGUUUGGCUUCUGCAGAUUUUCACAUAGUAUCGAGAACCAUCAAGUUCUCUAUGUCACUGCAAUGCAAGGUAAAGGUGGAAGUAUUAUAAAGUGGAACACUACAUCAUGGAAGCGAAUUAGCUCGAAGCAUAUAACCAGCGACUCCAUAACCGCCUUUAAUGUUUCAGCUGACGGAAAACACCUUGUUGUAGGGACAAUGGAAGGUGACAUUUUAGUUUUACAUUCUUCCAGUAUGCGGGUACAUACGGUAGUUAAGAAAGCUCAUCUUGGCAUAGUUACAUCCCUGAUGUUUUCUCAUGAUUCAAGGGCACUUUUGUCAACAUCUUUCGAUUCAAGUGCAAGAGUGACACUGGUUGCUGAUAAGAAGGAAAGAGGAACAAGCUUGUGGAUCAUUUUGCUGAUAAUAUUGCUAGCGAUGGCCAUGUAUUACACAAAAUUGGUAGAAAUGCUUCCUUAAAAGCAAUCUUGCUGCUAAAAAUGUGUGGAGUAUCUCUGCCCUGUGGAUCAGGAUAUUUAACUUUUCUAUUACUUUAAAUUACAGCAUAUCUAAUUUUGUAAAACAGGGACGUUUAAAUUAAUUGAAGUCUUGGAUGAGUGAUGAAAGUAUUAUUUGUAUUGCAUGUUUCAUAUU